UUUCAAUCAAUUCAGUGCAAAUGCCAUCCAACGACCGCUGUUGUACUGGUAUAGUCCUACUCAGUAGUCAGUACUCCGCUCUCCGGCUGAAAUGAAAGAUUCAUUUCUUCCCCAUAUCCUCCUCUUCCUCGCCUUUCUUCUCCACCUACCACCUCGAAUCUCAUCCUCUACACCAUCCCCUCUCCCCAAGGAAGCCCUGCCAACAAAAUCUGGCUACCUGACUAUCAACUCUACUUCAGGAUCAGCCAUAUUCUACACCUUUUAUGAAGCACAAAAGGCCACCACACCCCUCUCUGAAACCCCACUUCUCAUCUGGCUCCAAGGUGGCCCUGGCUGCUCCUCCAUGCUUGGAAACUUCUAUGAACUCGGCCCCUGGCGGGUUUCGUCUAACGUGUCAGUUGAGCCUAAUCCAGGGCCUUGGAAUAGGAUUUUUGGGCUGCUUUUUAUUGAUAAUCCUAUUGGAGUUGGAUUUAGCAUUGCUGCUUCACCUGAAGAAAUCCCAAGAAAUCAACAUGAUGUCGCGAAACAUCUUUUCAUUGCGAUCAAGAAGUUUUUGAUGCUGGAUGAUUCGUUUAAGACGAGGCCUGUCUAUGUAACUGGAGAGAGUUAUGCUGGAAAAUAUGUUCCGGGAUUUGGAUACUAUGCAUUGAAACAGAAUGCUAAGUUGCCAGUUUCUGAGAGGCUGAAUUUGCAGGGAGUUGCAAUAGGGAAUGGACUGACUGAUCCUAUUACACAAGUGGCUACUCAUGCUUUGAAUGCUUAUUAUUCUGGAUUCGUGAACGAUAAGCAGAAGAAGGUGUUGGAGGAUCUUCAGAAGGAGGCUGUUGAAUUAACUCAAAAUCGCAACUGGAGCGAGGCUACAAAUGCAAGAAGCAGGGUGCUAGACGAAUUACAGCAGAUGACUGGCUUGGCUACUUUGUAUGAUUUCAGAAGGCUAAUUCCUUAUCAAGAUGAAUUAGUAGCCGAGUUCUUAGCGAAUGUGGAGGUCAGAAAGGCGCUAGGGGCGAAGGAAAGCAUUGUUUUUGAAGUAUGUAGUGAUGCUGUGGGCGAGGUAUUGCAUGCAGAUGUGAUGAAGAGUGUGAGAUACAUGGUUGACUAUUUGGUUAAGAAUACAAAGGUUUUGUUGUAUCAGGGACACUGCGAUUUGAGAGACGGCGUGGUGUCAACUGAGGCGUGGGUGAAGAAAUUGAAGUGGGAGAAAAUUGGAGAGUUUUUGGAAGCAACAAGGAAGGUGUGGAAGGUGGAUGGGAAAUUAGCUGGUUAUGUGCAGAAGCUGGGGAGUUUAAGCCAUGUGGUAGUGUUGGGUGCUGGACAUCUUGUGCCUACUGAUCAGGCAGUUAAUUCUCAGGCAAUGAUAGAAGAUUGGGUUCUGGAGAAGGGAUUGUUUUCUGAUCAGCAGAUUAACAAAUUGCAGGCCAAUGUUACUGGCUCACUUUAAUUUUAGCUGUAGUGUGCUGCAUUAUUUGUUGUAAUAGUAAUUCAGCUCCAAGCAUAAGAAUGUCUGACCAAAGUGAGCUGUUAAUUUCAGAAACCAGAACUUAACUACACUCUUCUCUGUACAAGCAGCCUCUAAAAUAGUCACACUUGUGUGUCAUCUGGUUUUGGGAACCAUUGAUCUAUAGUUUACUCAGAAUCCGAUUCUGCCACUACUAUGUUUUAUGUUAUGUUACAAAGCCUAUACAUGACUUCAG